GUUAGAAACAAAGUUUCUAACGGGUUUGAUAUUUGGGGAUUAGGGUUUAUACGAAUAGAAUUAGGGAUUGAGAUUGGGGAUUUGGGGAAUUGAGAAGAGAAUUUGGGAUUAAGAGGUAGAAUUUGGGAAAGAACGAGAAAGAAUGGCCGGCGGCCGGAUUAGGGAAAGAAGAGAAAUUGAGAGGAUUUGGGAGAGAAUAGGGUUUAGGGAUUUUCUUAAUAUGCUUCUUAUUGAUUCU